AUGUACUUGGAUGGUGUCAAACUGGGCGAUGUUCAGGCUACAAUCAGUGGUGUCUUUACUGCAGCCUUCUUCCUCUUCAUCUCCCAUGCUCGGCCACUCCAAACGCUGUCUGCAGAGCGGCCUCACCCUAACAUAUUCUGUGCAUACGUUCUGCUCUCCAUUCUUGGCCAGUUCGCCAUGCACAUAUUCUUCCUCAUCACAGCUGUCAAUGAAGCAUCAAAGCAUAUGCCAGAGGAAUGCAUUGAGCCCGACUCAGGCUUCCAUCCAAACCUUGUGAAUACAGUUUCAUACAUGGUGAACAUGAUGAUCCAGGUGGCAACCUUUGCUGUAAACUACAUGGGCCACCCAUUUAAUCAGAGCAUAUCUGAGAACAAGCCCUUCAAGUAUGCGUUGUAUGGGAGCGGUUGCUUUCUUCACAGUGAUCACAUCAGAUAUGUUCAGGGAUUUGAAUGA